CGUUUUCAAAAUUUUGAAAACCCCUCGCUCUGUCUCUGUCUCUGUCUCUGUCUCUGUCUCUGAUAAUUUCGGCGCAACUUUAUCUCUCUAGGGUUCCAAAUCCGACAUUUCUGUUCCUCUCUUUAUCUACUCUCCAACUCCAGCGUUGAAUUCGUAGGGAAAUUUGGAAUUCUCGACUGCUCUGGGUCCGAAUUGUUAUGUCACUAUUCUUUGGUGGCUAGCGUUGCUUAAUUGAAGAUUAGAUAUGGUGGAUGCUCUUAAAGAAAGUAAUGGCAACGGUUGUCGAAGUUAUUUUGAGAGUUUAGUAGAAUCCUCUGAUGUUGAGGAGGUGAAGGCUAAUGGCGUUGCAGUCGAUGCUGAAGCUGGUCCUUCUGGAUUGGGAGGCGAUAGUUUGCUUACUUACAAAAGGCGGAAGUGUAUCAAGGUUAUGGAGUGUGGGAAGGUUUCUGAUGAUUCGGCGAGUCAGCUGAGUGAGAAGAAAGAUGCAGAUUGUUCCAAUGAUUGCUCACUCAAGCACAAAAGAAACAUUAUUCUGGAUCAAAUCUGCCAGCCGCUCAAUAGUGGUGGAUUGAAGAAAUGCAUUAAAAAUGCCCUUGUUUUUCCAGAAGGAAGUGGUACUGGAACUUCUGCGAAGGAUUCUGUUUGUUCUAGUGAAGACUGGGGCAAAAGCACAUCUCAAACUGGGACUGUGCUUGAUGGUCUCCAGAAUGCAACUAAGUCCAAUUUUGGUUUGACAUCUAGCGGAUUAGUCAAUGGACCUAAUACUACAACAUUCACAGAGCGCUGUACUUCCACCUUUGUGGAUGUUUUUAUGUCAGAACAGUUUGCACAGCUAUGCAGUUUACUCCUUGAAAAUUUCGAAGGCAUAAAGGCUGACAUUUUUUUUGAUUUGAAUCGUAUAAACACAAGGAUGAAGGAGAAAGUAUAUGAAAAGUCACCACUGCUAUUUCAGUCUGAUGUUCAAGAGAUUUGGGCGAAGCUCCAAAAGAUUGGCUCUGAUAUAACUGCUCUUGCAAAGUGCCUAUCAGACAAAACUAUAACUUCUUUCCACGAACAGUAUCCUCAGGCAAGCAACCCUGAUCAAAGCAUCUCCGAGGGUGCAAAACAUGAGUUCCUUGUGCACACUAAACCGGAGGUGGCAGAGACAUGUGGUCUUGAUGAAGCCCAUACCUGCAGGCGUUGUAGGGAAAAGGCAGAUGGAAGAACUGGUUUAGUCUGCGAUUCAUGUGAGGAGAUGUAUCAUAUCUUCUGUAUUGAGCCUGCCAUUACAGAAAUCCCUAGUAGAAGUUGGCACUGUGCCAACUGUAUAGCAAAGGGAAUUGAAACCUCACAUGAGAACUGCGUAGCUUGUGAGAGGCUAAAUGCCUUUUUGUCACCAUGUGAUGGCAGUGGUGGAGAAGAUGGGCUUGGGAAUGACGUAACAACAGAAGAAUUAGAGGGGAGUUCAAAUGAGUUUGUUGCCAAUGAAGAGUUUCAGCACUGCACAGUAUGUCGAACUGAAGUUGGCGGUGAUGAAGAAUAUAGAAUUUGUGGGCACAACUUUUGUCCUCACAAGUUUUACCAUGAGAAAUGUUUAACAACUAAGCAGCUUAUCUCGCAUGGCCCAUGUUGGUAUUGUCCUUCCUGUCUGUGCAGAACUUGCUUGACUGAUAAAGACGAUGAUAAGAUUGUUCUAUGCGAUGGCUGUGAUCACGGGUACCACAUCUAUUGCAUGCAGCCACCACGCUCUACCAUACCAAAUGGGAAAUGGUUCUGCCGAAAAUGCGAUAGUGGAAUUCAGCGUAUCCAGAGAGCCCGGAGGACAUACGAGCAUAUGCAAAAGAGAACCUUGGAUGGAAAACUGAAAGGCAGUGAGGCUUUGAACAAAUCUGGUGGGGUGGAUAUGCUUCUUAAUGCAGCUAAAACUCUGAAUUACGAAGAGAAUAUGGCUGCAAUGGAGUUAGACAGCUAAUUGAGCUGACAAACGCUCUUUUUAGGAGGAAAACAAGGAAGUUUAUGCUUGUACAUUACUGCAUCAUUCGAACAACUGACAUUUUUGCUACAGGCUAACUUUUGACUUCAAUCAUCCCUUUUGUAGGCAAUGGGAUCCUGCUUUUGUUCCUCAAGGUAAAUUCUGUUGUGAAAUUGUAGACACAGUGCAAGAAUCGAUUUAGGUGUUGUAGUUUGUAGUAAAUAUUCUUGUACAAGAUCAUGAUACUGAGUGUUCCGUGAUAAAUUGAUCGGAAAGAAUCGCUUCUGCCCCUGAUUUGGAGUUGAGGUAGGCUUAACUGGAUAUCCCUUGUAUUGAAUUGAAUGGGUGGUUGUUGCAAUUGUAAUAAGCUUCCCUGUUUGUUGAGAUAUUGCUAUAUUCUUGUUUAACAGCCUAAGACUAGGCCAAAUGCUCUAUUCUGUAUUUUAUGCA